AUGGUAAUACCACCGUGGAUAAUUAAUCCAUAUGGUGACAUAGAAGAAACGAAUGUCAUAAUACAAGAAGAACUGACUGAACUAAGUACAAACGAAGAACUUAAGGUUCAGUUUAAAAACGGAUAUCAGCAAUUCUGGCUGCAAAACAACAUACCCGUUGCUUAUCCGGUAUUAUGGAAUAUAGCGAGGACAAUUUUAAUUUCCUUUCCAUCGUCAUACCUAGUGGAAAGGGGGUUCAGCGCUGUUACCAAUCUCCUAACGAAAAAAAGAAACAGACUGGACAUCAUUAGCCGAGGAGAUUUAAGAUUAACCCUUACAAAAUUGACGCCAAAUGUUGAUAAUUUAUUAUUAAAGCAUCAGUUUAAAAACGGAUAUCAGCAAUUCUGGCUGCAAAACAACAUACCAGUUACUUAUCCCGUAUUAUGGAAUAUAGCGAGGAAAUUUUCAAUUUCCUUUCCAUCGUCAUACCUAGUGGAAAGAGGUUGCAGCGCUGUUACCAAUCUCCUAACGAAAAAAAGAAACAGACUGGAUAUCAUUAGCCGAGAAGAUUUAAGAUUAACCGUUACAAAAUUGACGGCAAAUGUUGAUAAUUUAUUAUUAAAGCAUCAGGUUCAUCCUUCUCACUAA